AUGGUAUAUAUCGUUAUAGACAAGACUGAUAAUCUACGCCAGUCUCACGCCAGCCUGGCGGUUCUUCUUCGCCGUGGCUCCCAUAGCAUUAUUCAUGCCUGUGUUCUGGCUGCUAUCCAACGUACUCAUAGCCUCCCUCUUCUUCUCAUCCUCAAUCUUCUUAAGAUGCUUCUCAGUCUUCAUCUUCCCACUUCCCUUGCCAUGGAACUGGUGACUGAGAUGCUUAAACGCCUCCUUCUGGUUCAUUCGGCGGCCAAAUUCAUCAACAUACUUCAGCUGAACAUCAGGCUUGUACUCGCGGUUGAACACGUCCGCCAUCGCCCGAGACUCAAGCUGGUCACGCUGCUUGUUCUCCCAGCGAGCAUACUCUUCACGGUCCCGGGCAGACAUGCGGUCAAGCUUACCCGAGGCUCUGUCUCGUUCUCGCUGAGCUCUAGCAAUGCGUUCUGCUUCGGCUUCACGACGGCGUUUUUCAGCCAGGAAGCGUUGGCGAUCGCGGUGCAGGGCGUUGAUAGACCGGCCGUCCUGUUCACUCGCAGUCACAAGCCCGCGCUGCUUGAGCAUGGCUAG